CCUUUACCGCAGCAACCGUCUACCAGCUACCAGGAGCGUUUGCGACGCCUCUAACCAUGUCGGAACAAAGCGUCGAAACGUCUGGUGACCGGCUACCAACUCAACCCGCAGCCGAGGAUGAUGAAAGGGCGCUUCGGGUCUCGCAACUCGAUGCCGACGAGCUGGAUACGGGUCUCGUCCAGAUGUUGGCGGGAAAGAUCACUCAGGCGUUAUCGACUUUCUCUCCGUCAGCCGAAUCGCGGUUCACGCCAGAGAUCAUGCUCUUACUCAAACUGCUGCUAUACGGGCUAGCCAUCCGGAAUCGUAAAGGGAGAGCUACUCCGGGUCAAAAGCUACAGAACCUCAAAUACACAGAUACUCCUACACCUCUAUUCCGCCUAGCAAACCCUUACAUCACCCUCCCCCUCCUCUCAACGAUCCCCUCUUACCUGCUCGAACGCCUUCACACUCAUACCCUCAACUCUCGCUAUCCGGAAUAUCCACGAGGGAGCCUUCAACGUCGAUGGUGGAUUCUGUUAGAGCGAUUCAAGUCGGUGGGGAAGGGGAUGGAAUUGAUCGGGUUCUUGCUUUUUCUGGUGGACGGCAAGUACCCACAUCUGGCGGGAAGAGUCAGCGGAGUGAGGAUGAUACCGGAUCAACCGUUAGGGUCCAUAACAAGGCAGAUCAGCUACGAGUUCAUGAACCGACAACUGGUUUGGUCUGGGUUUACCGAAUUCUUGAUCUUCAUGCUACCACUCCUCCGGGGCCACUCGAGAUCCCUCGGGGCUUUCGCCCAAGGCUUUAGUAGCAGCGUUAGAAAGACGAUAGCUUUCUUGACCUCGAAACAUGAGGAGACCAAGUACGAGCCAGCCCCUCUCCUCCAAUCGCAAUCACUAUCACAAGGAGACGGCGGCUCCUCGAGCCCAAAAGGCAAUCUCGGCCACACUUUCGGUACGAAGACCGGUCGACGGAAACGCGAACGAGAGCGACUCAAGGGGCCUUAUUGGACUCUAAGUCGGAAUACGUGUGCGAUCUGUCAUCAUCGACUUCGAGAUACGCUCGAUGCCCAGUUGGGAUUGCCCGCUAUUCAGCCGGCCGGCGAGGGAUUUUCAACAGGGAUUGGCAGAUUGACCGGCGAGACGAUCGAUCCGGAGGAUCAGGAGAGAAAUUACGAUGGCGAUGACAAUGAAGAGACGAGGAUCCAUAUACCAGCGCAGACGAAUUGCGAGGAUGAGUGCAGGUAUUGCUUUUAUUGCAUUUCCGAGGCGUUGACGCUGCGAGCGAAGCAAGCACAAACUGCGCAGGAGGAGAGGGGGAGACGGAAAGGGCGUCAGGACAAGCAGACGGUGGAGAAGGAUGGACCGGGUGCGAGUGAGAUAGUCAAGGGAUGGGACUGUCUGCGAUGUGGAGGAGAGGUGUGGAGUUGUAUGAGGCUAGCGACAUGACAUGCUAUCGAGGCGGCCGGACCGGAUACGCGUCGCCCCCUCUCUCGAUUGCUGUGUGUGUGCUGUCGUCAUACCGUCGCAUCACCUCCGACGGGGACGUUCACCCUCACAGCAAUUAGCGAGUACUCCUGAUAGCUGGC